AGGUUUCCAGGUUGUAGUUCUCUCCAUACUUCAAUUUAGAUUCGAAGAAAAAAAGGAAAAACCUAGAUCCGUAGUUGUUUGUAAUUUUGUUCUCCCCCAGGCGGCCACCUUUCCCGCUGAACCUCCCCGCGCAAGAUGUGUCGCAUGCGCAUGAAGGGCAGGAUGCCCAAAGCGAUUUUGAUCUUCGCGUUUUUCUCUAUGUGGUUGGAGCUGUUUAUCAUGGUGCUUAUCAAAUGUAAAAAUGUCUGGGUCUGGAAACUUGUAAUGCUAAAAAUGAAUGAUAGACGCACUGCAAUACGCAGCUAUGCAUGACAAAUUUUGUGGCUGCCAUGUCUUACGUAUUCCGCAUGGCAAACUGCGUUUUUGCGUGACAGAUAAGAGGGCUUUUUCGUGCCUAUGCAACACAGAUUCUCGAGUCAUGCCAGACAAGCAUGACAAACUUGCAUUCUUCCAGACCCAGACAUUUUUACAGUUGGUAGUGCUGGGUUGGAUGCGAAAAACCGAGGGGGGAUAGGCCGUGUGAAAACUACGUACAGCUACCAUAUCGAAUAAAAAUCCACAGUUUCUUGCAAAAAUUGCAUAAACGCUUGUAGAUGAAAGGAGCAUAACAAGCAGAAGUAAAAGAACUUUGUCUGAUAGGCAGCAGCAAAACUACUUCUAUUGAAGCAGCUUUAUUUAUCGAGGUUGGGUGCGACGUUUUUACGCAGCAUAGCUGGUACAACCUGUUCAUCCAGGUUCGUUACUGGUCCUGGUGGGGUGUGGAGACGGAAAGCCAGGUGGAGUGGCUCGAAUGGGCGGCGCAGCAGUGCGAUUACUUCACGAAAAACAAUCUAAUGUUCGUUGGGUGCCAGAGCCCCAUCUGCAUCUGGUGAGGAACUCGAAAAUGUUGUUCUUGAUACUUGCUUGUCAAAAAUACAUAAGUAGAGUACACGCACUAAGCAUAGAUAUGGCUUUAUUCAUCUUCGCUGCAGCAUGGAGGAUCUAGAUCAAUCAUCUUUCGAUCAUGUUGUGAAGAGUGGCAUUCUAGAAAAAAUUCUGAUGCGAAAAGAAAAAUGCAAAAAGGUACCGGUUGAAGUGCAAGAUGUACAACGAGAUGGCGGUACGAAAUGCAAAGAAGCUUGUCUGGAUCCGGAAAUUUUGCGGGGCUGAUUGGUUCGAUAAGAAAGUUGAGGAGGACAGCACGAGAACACACAAGUAGCAUGACAAACUUCAUAAAAACACUACGCUUGUUGCUUUUUCCGCAUAGUGCGCAUUUUUAAUUUUUUUCAAAUACCACCUGCGGCUCUGCAUGACAAGGAACAACUGAGGCUUCUUAUGAUUUUGCAGCAGUGAACUUUUUGUUUUUGCAGGAAUAACGCAGGAGAAGCAGUACUGUUUUUCUUAUUCAUUUUUCUUCCAGACCCAGACGCGUUUGUUGCACUCCAUAGUCGGUCUACCAGUACAUCGUGGCGUGUGUUUAGGGAAAGAAAAAACGGUUUCACGGUAAACUUCUUGAGACGCAGGAAAUUAUGAUGCGACACACAAACUUAAACUUUAAUUUCCCUUGCCAAAAUGCAAAAUCACAAAAAAUGCAUUUCUAUCAGGCAUCAUUCUUCGCCGCAUGGUUUGCAUUCGGAAAUCACGGCGCAUAGAAAUCAGGUUUUCAAAUAUCUCCAGAGACAAGCUUGUCAUGCGAGUACUAUUCCAGAAACAAAUUGUUACGGUGAAACACAACUUUUUGCGUUCGAUAGGGUGAUUAUCCCUCAGAAAAAAGCUGGCAGGUCACGUUGGUAUCAUAUAGUGCAGAAAUGUAGGGAUGAAGAAAAUCGUCGCUCUUGUAUUCAUGGAGCAGCAUCCUAGGGGCUUGCGCAUGAUAGAUGUUGAUGUUCCGUGUUAUAGAUUUUAGAAUUACAAAUUAAUAUGUUGACCUGUGAGCUUUUUUCUGUGGGAUAGUGAUGUCGCUCGCGUUGAUCCUCCAGUUUCGGGCGUUGCUGCUAUGACCUGCUCAAAUGGAACAAUCUCAACUGGAACAAUUUGCGAUGCAAAGUGCGAACGAUCUGUGAUGCUUCGACGAAGUCUAGCAUGACAAAUGUUUGACACUCCAAACCGCAUUGGAGAAAUCCGCACAAGAUUUGUGAUGCAAAACUGUAAAUGGCACCUUUCUCCGCCUUUGCUCUUUAUGCAAGACAAAUUCCGAUUUACGCUAGGGUUCCAUUUGACGAGGCCAUAGCUGUGGACCACGUCGUUUUCCCCACGGGAGCUCCGGUACGCGUUCGUCUCGAUGUUCUGUGCCAUGUGGUCCUUUAUCAACCGCAAAUAUGUCUGGGCCUGGAGAUUUGUGAUGCUGAGCUGUGGAUAAUGAGAACACUUCCGAAUGCAGCCAAGCAUGACAUCAAGCUUGCAGGGCGCUUCCUCAUGCGCAGUCCGCACGAGAAACUGCGUUUUUGUAUGACGAGAAACGGGGCUGGUGCGAUUUUUGUAUGGUCAUGCAAAAUACCUCUGACAGGAAUGCAAGACCAGCAUUAUCCAGACCCAGACAUAGUUGCAAGGCAUAUCGCUCGUGAUCACUUUUUUCGGGUUCGACAUGGCAAUGGAUGCCGUGUUUUCGCAGCUGGACCGGGAGAGUUACUACCUAUGCACAGAAAAGAGUGUUACGGGUAGACAUUGGGAUGCAGGCCAAGCAAGGCAGACGAGUUCCGUCAUGCCGGACACUGGUGCUCAGGGGCCUAGUAGUUUCAUACGUGUUUUUUCUAUUGCCUUCUCUGUAAUCAUCUCUUUCUCUGCUUUUCAAGUUUUUUUCUGCCAGCAUGCAAAAAAAGAAAGUUUGUGUUUCUGAAGUGACGAACAAAUUCGUGAAUGAAACUGUAACCUCUUUUUCUCGGGAUACUAGCCCAACCCGCCCUACUACGUCGGCACGUACUUUUUGUGGAUCGUGAUGCUGCUCUGUCUGAUGCGGGUCCUGUGCAACGGGUACUUGUACGCGAAAGCGCGGGAGUAUGAGAGGACACAACUCCCCCUCCCCCUCAUUUGCUCACGUUAUCCAAAAUCCCAAAUCCAGUCGCAGUCCUAUAGCACUGUUGGCAUUAUGACGAAUUCUAGAAGUGGCCCAGACAGUACUGCAGUCCGUCGUCGCGGCUUGAAUUUAUCAUGCACAAGCUCCACAUGUGCUGGCGUUUGUGUUGCUGUUCACGCACUGCAAAUGAGGGGAAGGGGGAGAUGUGCACUCUGA